AUGCUACAAAUUAUUCUGCUUCUCCUGCCUGGUGUUCUCUGUACUGAAGUUUGGAAUGUGACUCACCCUUCAUCGAUCUGUGGAGUGCGAGGAUCCAAUGUCACUAUUCCCUGUAAUUUUAAAUAUCCAACAAACCCAUACUUACAAGUAACAGAGGUGUCAUGGUGCGCAAAAAAAGAAUCUGACAAGUGUGGCACAGAAGGGCCGUAUGUUUAUAAUAGUUCACACACAAACAUUCAAAACAACUUUCAGUACACUGGUGAUAAUAUUUCAGAUUGUUCUUUGUUGAUCAGUAAUAUUAAUUCAACGAGUUCUGGAGAGUAUUUAUUCAGAUUUAUAACCAAUUCGCCAGUGGGACGUUUUACUAAACCAGGACCAGGAGCAAAUGUUACAGUCACAGAUUUAAAAGUGUCCAUGACCAAGUUAGGAGACAAUGAAAACAUAACAGUUGGAGACUCUUUGAAUUUGACAUGCAAUGUGUCCUGCCCUGGUCAUUUACCAGAGCUUCAAUGGUUGAAGGAUCAUCAGACAAUACCACAUACAGGCCCAAUCCUCACCUUCAGAAGUGUGACUCCUGAAGACUCUGGGAAUUACUCUUGUUCUUUGAAAAACUUUAAAUCAAGUGAAUCAGAACAAAUCAGACUGUAUGUUGAAGGAUCUGUCUUCCCAGAGACUUCCUGGUCCACAACAUUAUUUUGGGUUGGAAAUGUUGUUGGAGUGUGUUUAGUCUUGACUUUCAUUAUUGCAGCUGUGAUACUCAUAAUAAGGUCAGCCAAAACCGAGCAACAAAAGAAAGAUUCAACCAUCUAUACUACAGUGAUAUUUUAUGAAGUUAAAGGAGAAAUGUUAACAGACCACAUAUAUCAUAAUUAAUGCGAGUGUACCCAUUUAUCCCACUACCAGGUGGCAUCCCCUCCCAAACUAGAAUAUGGAUACACACUCUUCUUUUACAGUUACUUCCUCUUCUUCUAUAUUUAAGCCAUGCCAUUUUAUGUUCUCAUUGUGAAGUAUUGUCAGUUCUAUCUGCGUAUAGAGCGUUUAUAGCCAUAUUAGCCAUUGUUCCAUGACCAUUGUGCCUAUUCUUACUGAUUACUGGAUUACCCUCUUGCUUGUUUGCAUGGUUAGACUGUCUGUCUGUUUUUUUGAUUACGGCCUGGUUUUAUUGACAACUCCCUGCCUGCUGUUUUUGGUUGGUCUGCCCUUGUUGUUUUAAAUAAA